AUGAACGCCGAAAAGAUUGCGUAUCGAAACAUUCCGGCACAAGACUCCCACGUCGAUGACGAUCAAUUCGAAAAUGUCCCCCGGACCCAUGUAGGCUCCUUGAGGGCACGAAAAUACCUGUGGUACCUCAUUCAAGCUGCACUGCUCUGCACAAUUGCCGCGCAGGGUAUCGCCAUUAUGUUUCUGAGCCAAGCGGAGAAGGAUUCUUGCCGUUCUGUCCACGGUAUGCCUCUAAAGCGUACCGAGCCUAGGACUAUAUAUCAGCACUCGAAGUACAUCUCAAGUGAUGAAGAAGAAGCUUCCAAAGCCUGGGACGCAAUCCUGCCCGGCCAUGGCGUUGUUGCUAUAGAGCCAGAAUAUGCGCGGUCCAAGAAACUCCCUGAAACGGUGAUCUUACCAGACUCUGGUGGUAAAUUGACAUUUGUAAUCGAGGCAUAUCAUGCGAUACACUGUGUUACAAACCUGCGCAAGCACUAUGUCGCACUCGAGCGCAAUGAGACCAGACACUGGUCAGCUAGCCAUGACCGGCACUGCUUCGAUGCGUUGAGGCAAUACAUAAUGUGUAACAUUGACGAUACCUUGCUGAAAACUUGGGGGAAGAGAGAUGCAGGACAUGACCAAGAGAAGAAGUGCCAUGACUGGGACAGACUGAGGGCUUGGGCUGAGGAACGCUCUGCGAAUUAUUUCGAUGCAGAGCCUGGUACGGGCACACGCCAUAUUGGUAAUUAUCAUGCAGGCGACGGUCUGCCUGUUGGAAGCUUGAGAUAG